CCCAAUAGUUGAAAACACAAUAGUUGAAAACCUAGUGGUUAAAAGCUCAACAGUUGAAAGUUCAACAGUUGAAAACUUAAUUAUUGAAGAAAAUCGAAUGGAUGAAACAACAAAGGCAUUAAAUAAACUUAAAUCAGACCUUACAGAACUUGAAGCAAGCCUUACAUAUAAUAGUAACCAAUAUUUUCAGAAUGAAUCGGAUAUGCAAACUGAUAAUAUACAAGAUGAAUUUGAUAUGGCCCAAAGUAGUGAUGAUAUUACGCAAGUCAAUCCACCUUCUGCGAUCCUUAGCGAAUUCGAUAAAAUUCUUUUGCGACGAUUUCAUCCAGGAGAUGUACCUGAAGAACUCCAAGGACUUACAAAAAUUGAAGAGAUGUUAAUUGCACAAGUAUUCCCUGUGAUGGUAGUUUACAGACUUUGUGGAGGACAGCAUGGAUACAGAGGAAAUGUCAUUAACUUCCCUCAAGAUAUAGAAGAAUUUACUACCCACAAAAUUAUUCGUGCAUUGAGUUGGUUAAAAGAAAAUAAUCAAUAUUAUUCUGAAAUUGUUAUAGACAAUAAAAAUCUUAAUUGUUUAUCAGAGAACAGUUUUAUUGAUAAUCAAUUUCAAAUUAAUCAAUUGAAAGAUAAUGAUUUCGAUGAGGAGAAUGUGAUGUAA